AUGGCCGAACCGAUUAAGAACAAGCGGCCCGACCCCGCCGUUGCCCCCACUCCUCAGAACACACCUUUGAACGCAGCUCCCAUCUCAUCGCACGCCCAGCAGCCCGGAGUUGCUAGCAUCAAUGAAGAGGAUCUGGGUGGUGGUGUCACUGCCGCUUCCAUCUUUGCUCACGACCCCCGCCUCGUGUCUCUGAUCCAGGGCCGUCUCGGUUCCCUCGUUGGCAAGUCUUCCGGCUACAUUGAGUCGCUCCCUGCCGAGGUCAAGCGCCGUGUCUCCGGUCUCAAGGGCAUCCAGAAAGAGCACUCCAAGCUCGAGGCCGAGUUCCAGGAGGAGGUCCUUCAGCUCGAGAAGAAAUUCUUCGCCAAGUUCACCCCUCUCUAUGAGCAGCGUGCCGCCAUCGUCAACGGCAAGACCGAGCCCACCGAGGACCUCGUCAAGGCCGGCGAGGAGGAUGAGGACAAGGCGGAGGGCGCCGCUGUCGAGAACAAGGGCGCCACCGACGGCGGUAAGGUCAGCGGUAUUCCCGAGUUCUGGCUCUCUGCCAUGAAGAACCAGAUCUCCCUUGCCGAGAUGAUCACCGACCGCGAUGAGGGCGCUCUCAAGUCCCUGAUCGACAUCCGCAUGGAGUACCUCGACAAGCCCGGUUUCCGCCUGAUCUUCGAGUUCGCUGAGAACGAGUUUUUCACCAACAAGAUCAUCACCAAGACCUACUACUACCAGAACGAGAGCGGGUAUGGCGGUGACUUCAUUUAUGACCAUGCCGAGGGUGACAAGAUCGACUGGAAGGCCGGUCAGGAUCUUACCGUUCGCAUCGAACAGAAGAAGCAACGUAACAAGACCACGAAGCAGACUCGCAUCGUUAAGAAGACUGUCCCAACCGAGUCCUUCUUCAACUUCUUCUCGCCCCCCAAGCCCCCCACCGACGACGACGACGAGGCGGCCGAGGAUAUUGAGGAGCGUCUCGAGCUCGACUACCAGCUCGGUGAGGACAUCAAGGAGAAGCUUAUUCCCCGCGCCAUCGACUGGUUCACCGGCGAGGCCCUCGCUUUCGAGGAGUUGGACGAGGAGGACUAUGCCGAUUUCGACGACGAUGAUGAGGAUGACGAGGACGAUGACAGCGAGGACCACGAUGAUGAGGACGAGUCCGAGGAGGAAGAGGAGGAUGGCAGCAAGCCCAAGCAGGAGCCCUCGGAGUGCAAGCAAAGCUAA